AUGAAGGGCUGCACGUCUUCAUUGGUCGUGAAGUUUGCGGACACACAGAAAGAUAAGGACAGCAGAAGAGGCAAACAGUCAUUAAUGCAAAACCUGUGGACACAAACAUCUUCCCCGAUGCAAACAUCUCUUGUGGCGAAUCCAUACCUGACUUUAGCCGCUCUCACAAAUGCUGCACAACAGCACCAAUUGGCCACUACUCUGGCUCUUCAGCAACAGUGUCUCAGUUCAGACCUAUCCCUGGCCCAAGCCUUAUCUAAUCCCGUUUUAAUGGCUUUGACGGGCACUACGCCCACCAAAGUGGCCGCACCCACACAAUCACUGUCACUAAAUCCGCACUUUAGCUCAAAUAAACUGGAUAUUAUGUCUGGAGUUCGCGAUCAGUUGGCUUUCACUUCAAGCCUAUCGACGACACCGACACUGUCUGGUGUGCAACACUUGGCCACGUCUUUGAGUUCGGCUUCAAAUGCCAUUAAUAUCAAUAAGCAAACGGAAGGGCCGGACGGCGCCAAUCUUUUUAUAUAUCAUUUGCCUCCUGAAUUUACAGACAAUGAUUUAAUUUCAACAUUCUCUCCAUUCGGAAAUGUAAUAUCAGCCAAAGUUUUUAUCGACAAAAACUCUAAUUUAAGCAAAUGUUUUGGAUUUGUAUCGUACGAUAACUCAUUGUCGGCGCAAACGGCUAUUCAGGCGAUGCAUGGCUUCCAGAUCAGGAAUAAAAGGCUUAAAGUGCAGCUCAAAAAAACUAGAGAUAAACCUUAUUAAUUAAAAUCACAAUGAAUUUGCCCAUAAAUUCUAUUUGUUUCCAGACAACCAGACACAAAGACGGUAAGACUAUGUCUAAUAUAUAAUUCAUGUCAUGUCUCCUCAAUGUCUGCCUAUUGUUGUUUGGAGUUUGGAUUUAAUAUUUAAGUCUUUUGUACUAUAUUUUAUGUUUUUCGAGGCAACUCUUCAUAUAAACUAAUGUCUAAUUUGAUUAAUGGUCUCCAUUUGUGUUGAAAAUAUAUAAUCUUUUUUACGGGACCAAUGGGUGACCCAAUAGGAGACCAUAUUCUGUGUCCAAUAUAUUUAUACAAAUAACUCAGAUGUGAAAACUUUCCCCGAUUAUUCUGGUCACAUAUUUUGUGUGUAUUGUAUGUGUUAUAAAACAAAGUGCCAAAACAUUUAUUAUUUAUGUUUUAUGUAAAAAUAUUUAGCUACCAAAACAACC